AUGACUGAAAGCUGUUGGGGUGAGUUGGAACAUGUGAUUUGUGUUCCGAAGAACAUUUGUGAUGUUGAAUAUGUGAUAGUAGCUUUUAAAAUAGACGCGAACUACGACUUACUUAGCAUUGCAUUUAGAUUUUUCAAAAGCAGUUUCAAGACGGACUUUGCAAACUUUCUUAAUGUUGACAAGGAGUCUAUUCCGGAUGAUUUCGACAUUGUCAGAGAUUCUUUUGGAGUAGAGGUACAAAUUCAAGUAGAACAUAGCCCAGACUUGCCGUAUAUACUGGAUAGAAGGCGACAGGGAAUAAUGACUGGCAACACAAAGAUUUAUCUACAACAAAUACCUUACAGCGUCUUGGCUGACUCUUUCCGUAUCAAAGUAUAUAGAAAGCUUACUGCCACAACUGCAUCUACAAAAGAAGGCAACGGAAGUUCGCAAGUUGUUACCACUGUUUCAAAUGUCGAUUCAGAGAUAAAUGUCACCGAAUCUACUGAUACUUUAGGUAACUCAAGUUGUUUUGAAAACCAGACAAGCUGCUUGGAUGAUUAUGGAUAUGCGAUUUGUGUUCCUCAGAGGUUGUGUGAUAUUAUUUCCUUUAUAGUCAGUUUCAAAAUAGAUGUGGACUACAAAAUAUUUCGCCCUUUGUUUGGUAUUCUUAAAAUAGUUUUUGAGAAGUUGGUGGCAAGAUUUCUCCAUAUUGAUCUGAGCGAUAUCCUGAACCUGGAGUUCUUUCAAGGUUCCUUAGGCGUAAAUGUGGAAGUGUUAUCAACCGAACAGGCACUACGUUUUGUUGAAGGAAUGCGCGAAUCAUUCGGAUCUGGCGGAUCAAAAAUAGAAUUGGCUGGUAAGAAUUACACGGUCAAGUCAGACUCCUUCCAAGUCAAAGUAAACAGAGGAAGUAAUAUGACAACAAGUGGAAAUCUUUGGACUCUGAACUCAACCUUAACGCCGCCACAGUCCGUUAUCAAUGUCACAACUUUAUCUACAAGUUUAGGAAACAGAAGCUCUGAAGUGGCUACCACUUCAGUACUCUAUGUCUCUGAAUCUACUGCCGCUUCAGGGAACUCGGAUUGUUCAGAUAAUGAGGAAAGUUGUUUGGAUGACUUUGGAUAUCAGAGCUGUGUCCCGCAAACAUUUUGUGAUAUCGCUCAUGUGAUAGUAACGUUUAAAAUAAAUGCGAACUACGAUAUCUUCAGCUUUACCUUUAGCCUUUUCAAAGAUGUUUUCAAGACGGCUUGUGCAAAGUUUCUCGAGUUUGACACUGAUUCCGUUUGGGAUAUUGGCAUUUUCAGAGGUUCUGUGGGAAUAAAAUUGUUUGUAGACAAUAGCCCAAACUUACCACUUGCACUUGAUAAAGCACGACGUAAGGUAGAAACUGGUACGCAAAUUGAUUUACAAGGCGUGACAUACGGUACUGUUAGUGACUCCUUCGUAGUCACAGUCAUUAGAGAAGAGAAGUUGACAACAAGCGGCAAUCUUUGGACCCCGACCUCAACACUUAUUUCGUCACAGUCAAGUAACACAACUGCAUCUACACGCGAAGGCAACGGAAGCUCACAAGUUGUUACCACUGUUCCAAAUGUUGAUCCAGUGAUAAAUGUCACUGAAUCUACUGAUACUUUAGGUAAUUCAAGUUGUUCUGAAAAUGAGACAAACUGCUUGAAUGAUUCCGGAAAUUCAAUUUGUGUUCCGCAAAAAAUGUGUGAUAUUCUUUCGGUGUUAGUAAGUUUCAAAAUAGAUGCGAACUAUCAACUAUUUCGGUUUAUGAUUCAUCUCCUUAAAGAAGUUGUCAAGGCGUUCGUGGCGUACAUUUUCCGCAUUAACCUUAAUGAUAUUCUGGCUCUUGAUGUCUUCGAAGGAUCUGUGAUAGUGCAGGCAGAAAUAGAACCAACAUCCAACGUAAUGUCAUCUCUUGAUGAAAUACGACAGUCAGUUGACAAUGGUACCAGAAAUGUUGAUUUAUUUGGUACGAACUACAUGGUUAUGCCAAACACCUUCCAAGUCACCGUACAGAGAGGUAACACAACAACGAGCAUGUACAGUGACAAGCCGACAUCUACCCCGAUGGUGUACCCAACCUCAUACAACGUCCCAGUUUCUGUCAACACAACACAGUUUGACGUUAAUACUGCUAGUACCAAAGCUGAGUCUACAAAUAUGAUGGAGACUACUGACAAUGCAACUUCUACAGAAAUAAAUCAGUUUUCCAACAUUACUGAACCUAUUCUCGGAGAAACAUCUAGUUCUGGUAGAGAAGCCGUUACUCAAUCUACUAAUGACACCGCUGCUGUGGUACCAGUUAUUCCUCGGAAUUACAGCAAUACUAGUGUGACAAAUUUCAACGACCGAGCCAUAACGACGGUAACAGCAAUAAAUGCAACCGCUAGAGUGACACCGAACGCUACAGUAACGAUUUCACAGCCGACUACUAUGUCUGACAAGAUCAUACCUUCAGACAAAGAAAGUAAAGAAACUGUUACUAAACCAGUAUCUACACGUACGGCUGACGAGCUCACAACCUCAGACAUAGAAGAUAAAGAAACCGUCACCGUACCAGUAUCUUCAAGUAUGCCUGAAGACAUAACAACUUCAAACAUAGAAGAUAAAGAAACCGUCACUGUACCAGUAUCUACACGUAUGCCUGAAGACAUCACAACUUCAGGAAUAGAAGAUAAAGAAACCGUCACUGUACCGGUAACGACUUACCUGUCUCAACAUAUAUCAACCUCGGACAUAGAAGAAACAGAAACUGUUGCUACAGACAAAGUUACUGUUUCACUUGCAGUUACUUCAGGUACCGGACUACUGGAAAAUGGCACAGUAGCAUCAAAUACCAGUGACCUGCCAGCUUCGAUUCCUGUAUCUACUAAGAAAUACAGGAUUGAAUCAACCACAUACAACGAAACAAUUUCAGGAGCAGCCAUUCAGGGUGGCCCGUUCGUUGUUGUGUUCUUUAUGGCAGUGAUAAUCAGAGCUCUCUAGACAUUCGACGACUGUUUGAUCAUAAAUGAGAACAAAAAAUGUUUUAAACACUUAUUUGGACUACAUCACAGCACACAUCAUUCAUUUGUGAUACUGGUUUUCCUACAUGUAUGCAGUGGUAGCAGUUAAACUUUGGAAUGAUAUCCAAGACUGCAAUGGAAUUGAAAUUAACUGUUAUGACUCAUUGAUCAUUUUAUAUCAUAUUUGCACAGUGCCGCUA